AUGUCAAUGUCACCGAAAUCAUACCCUGGCACUGCCAAUUUCAUUCUGGCACGCUUCCUGGAAGAGCUCGAACUACCCGAUUCCAGUAUAUAUACUGAGCCCCCAAAGCAAAAAGGGAAAAGGCCCGCCCAACAAGAUGCCAGCCAUCGUCCGGUCAAGGUCCUGACACAGGCUGUGCCUCUACGUAUGGCGAUAAUGUCUUGCAAAUUUGCAGACCCGCUACGUCCAUCAACCACGACAGUCCCUCCGGGCUCACAUCCUCCACUUUUAUCAGCCCCCAAACCACAAAAGUCAUUCCAACCCAACCAAAAUGGGAAGCGCGUUCACAUUCAAUUUCAGAAGGAGUUGUGGUUUUUGCGAGUCUCUAGGUCUAGGCCGGAACUGACUAAUAAGAAGGAGAAGUUGGGCUUCGACGUGGAUCUAUGUAUCACAGUGCAUAACUGUGACUGGGGCUUCGCGUAG